UGACUAGUCAAAGAUUGCCAACGAACGAACCGACCCUUCCCACCGCCGGCGCCGACGACGAAGACCAUGGCGGCGACCAAGGCGGCCACCGACGAGCCGGCGAUCGGCAUCCCGUACCACCCGGCGGCGGAGGCCCACGGCCGGUACUACUACGCGCCGGACCCCUACGCGGCGGGGAUGCCCCCUCCGAACGCGAUCUACGCCGGCGCCCCCAAGGGGGUGCCCCUGCAGCAGACCAUGUUCCGCGACACCCCCGCGCCCUUCCACUGCCAGUCCUGCGGCGCCGCCGCCGUCUCCUCCGUCCGGUCGAAGCCAAGUCUUGCAUCUGUUGUGGCUUGCAUGAUGCCAUUCAUGAUGGGUGUCUGCUUCCUUUGCCCUUCCAUGGACUGCCUCUGGCACAAAUACCACUAUUGCCCCAGCUGUGGGGAAAAGGUGGCUGAGUUCAAGAAGUCAGAUCCGUGCCUCGUUGUGGAUCCAACUCGCUGGUCUGAGCCAAGCUUCGCUGUGCCCGCGUAAAGCGCAUACGUCUUGAUACCCAAACGGUUUCCAUGCAUGGACUGGAACAUUGUUCAUUGUUCUUGUGUGAUCUGAUCUGUACAUAGAGGUAGCAACUGUCUUGUUGUAUACCAUGUAUCUAAACUGCUGUAUUUUCGUUAAAGCAAUGACCUGUUUAUUCAUGUU